AAUUCCCAAAUCCUGCGCCACUGCCUCUUUCCGGCGAAUCCACCAGGUCUCUCUCUCCGGUGUCUACUAUCGGCGAAUCCACCAGGUUUCUCUCUCCAGUGUCUACUAUCGGCAAAUUCACCAAACACAUAUAAACCCUAAAGAGACGCCAACAAUGUCUGAAAUUCCGUUGGAACUAAUCGCCGACAUACUAUCAAGAUUACUGGUGAAACCCCUUCUGCAGUUUAGAUGCGUAUCGAAAUCAUGGUGUGCUCUGAUCGAUAGCCCACAUUUCAUCAAAUCGCAUCUAAAUCAAUCCAUCAAAACCAACACCAAUCGCAUGCUCAUUUUAAGUGAUUUCGACCUCUUCUCCGUAGACUUGGACUCUCCCAAUGAUGAUGAGCUAGAACUUGACCACCCGUUGAAGAAUCAGGAAGACACUAUAGUGAUUGGCAGUUGUGAUGGGUUGCUCUGUUUGCGUAAAUCGCCGACAGACAUUGCCCUGUGGAAUCCUUCCACCAAAAAACACCACAAGUUACCGGUCACACCGAUUGAGUUCUCACGUGAUCGUUGGAGCUGUGAUGAUACCAGAUAUGGGUUUGGGUAUGAUAGCGUCAGUGAUGACUACAAGGUGGUGAGAAUAACAGUGUAUUCCUCUGAAGACGAUGUUGGUUCAUUUGACUUAUUUGACUCUGAAGUCAAGGUUUAUAGUCUGAAGUUGAAUACGUGGCGAAGAAUCCAAGCUUUCCCUUAUUACCUCUUGUACAGCUGGAGAAAUGCUACAUUCGCUAAUGGUGCUUUGCACUGGGCUGUGUGGGAGACGGAUCAGGUGUCGAUUGCUGCUUUUGACCUUGGGGUUGAGGAAUAUCGUCUGGUGCCGCGGCCUGAUUAUUCCAAUAAGAUGUUUGAAAUGGAUGUGGGUGUUCUAGAAGGAUGGCUUUGUGUAAUUUGCCACUCUUCCAGCAUUUGCGAUUUGUGGGUAAUGAAGGAAUAUGGGGUUAAGGAAUCUUGGACUAGAUUAUUUUCUGUUUCUCCACUGGAGAUUAACAUUAGUCCGUUCAGUAUUGCGAGGCCUUUGGCUUUUUCCAGGAGUGGUGUGGAGGUGAUACUGCUACAGGAUGCUCAAAAGUUUGUUUGGUAUGAUUUAAAAAUGAAAACAAUCACAAAAGAAAUUAAGGUCGACUGGGAGAAGAUCGAGGGAGUAUUUAUUUAUUUUGGAAGCCUUGUUCCACUUCCGUGAUGAUGGUGGAAGUGAUGAGAAGCAGCAAGCUUGAGGGUUAAAAGUUAUGGACUAUCAUUGCUUAUGGAAUUUCUGGUACCUCAUGUCCCGUGUGGCCCUCAGAAUGUGGGGGAAAUUGUUCAGUAUUUUCUGUUAGGAUUUUUUAAUGAAACCUUUUACAUACACAAACACACGAUCACACAAGAAGAGAGUGAGAGAGUUCAAUUCUUGUAUUGGUGGUCUCGUUUAUAGGUGAUAAUACUAUAUCAUCGUCAUGUUAGAAUGAAAAUUUGAUAGAAAUGAUAAUGGUUGUGGAAAGGGUCAUUCUAUCCUAAGCUGUCUACAUGUUUUAUAUAUAUA